AUGUUUGACAUUGAGCAACUAUUUGAUAACUCACGAUGGUUUAAGAGCACGCAUGAAAGGUACAUGAAUCAAGAUGUGACAAUUGAUGAGAUGAAGGUGGCACAUUUGGUGACUGACCGUGGCCUUGUGCUAGAGAAACCUGCACGUCACUAUGGUCUGGCUGUUAAACUGGAUGAGCCGCUUCAAAUCGACGGAAGUGAAAGAAAAAAAGAGAUAGUAGUGCAAUACGAGGUGAAGCUGCAGAAGGGACUGGACUGCGGUGGUGCUUAUGUGAAGUUGCUUUGUCAGAAGGAGGAGAAACAGGACUACUCAGCCUUUAGUGACACGACGCCCUAUGUACUCAUGUUUGGCCCUGAUAAGUGCGGUUCCAACGACAAGUUGCACCUUAUUUUUCAGCACAAGAAUCCUCUAUCGGGCAAGUACGAAGAGAAGCAGAUGAUGGAGGCGCCUCGUAUUAAGAGCGACAAAGACACUCAUUUAUACACGGCGGUAAUCCGUGAUGAUAACACGUUUGAGGUAUUCGUGGACCAAAAGUCGGUAAAAAGCGGGAGCUUAUUGCACGACUUCUUGCCGCCGGUGAACCCUGAUAAGGAGAUGGACGACCCGGAAGAUUUGAAGCCUGAAGACUGGGUGGAGAAAAAGAAGAUUCGUGACCCGAACGUCGUUAAACCCGACGACUGGGAUGAAGACGCACCGGCACGUAUCCCGGAUGAGGACGCGAUCAAGCCAAACGAUUGGCUGGAUGACGUGCCAGCGAUGAUUAAUGAUCCGGAUGUGGUGAAGCCAGAAGAUUGGGACGAUGAGGACGACGGCGAGUUUGUCGUGCCGCUGAUUCCCAAUCCGAAGUGUGCUGCAGUGUCUGGUUGUGGCGAGUGGAAGGUACCAACAAAGGUGAAUCCGGCUUAUAAGGGAAAAUUUUACGCCCCUUAUAUUCCCAACCCAGCUUACAAGGGCGAGUGGAAGCCUCGUAAGAUCUUGAACCCGAAUUAUUUUGAGGAUAAGCACCCGGCACGUAUGGAUCCCAUUGGUGCGUUAGCCGUGGAGGUAUGGACCAUGACAGAAGGCAUUAUGUUUGAUAACUUCUGGCUGGGCAACGAUCUGGAACAGGCUCGAAAAUUUGCGGAGCUAACUUGGGCCGUCAAGCAUGCUGCGGAGGUUGAGGCGAAGGGAAAAUCAGAAGAGAAAAGCAAUGACAGUGGGGAGGGUGGUAUCAUGAAGACACUUGAGACUCUCGCAAUGGAUUUCGCCACUUACGCUAAUGCCAACCCUGUGAUUGUUGUCGGAUCGCUUAUUAUUGUUUCCGUGGUUGUGACCUUAGGCUUCUUCUUCAUGUGUUGCGCUUCACGCACGCCGAAGUUGAAAGCUGAAGUGAAAACGGAGAGCGGUGCAAAGAGUCAAGAAGAGGAUGAUGAUAAGGGUGUUGACAGUGGUGAAAAUCUACAGAAGUUGCGGCGGCGCAAGAAGGCACCUAAGGUCGACUAG